GUGAGAAGUUUUCACUCCAGAAGUACUCCAGGGAUCAUGGUGGAAAACUUCUGCAACUCUACUUUUUGGAAUUCCUCAUUCCUGGAAAGUCCGGAGGCAGACCUGCCGCUAUGUUUUGAACAAACUGUUCUGGUGUGGAUUCCUUUGGGUUUCCUUUGGCUCCUGGCCCCAUGGCAACUUCUCCAUGUAUAUAAAUCUAGGACCAAGAGAUCUCCUAUAACCAAAUUCUACCUUGCUAAGCAGGUGCUUGUUGGGUUUCUUUUUAUUUUAGCAGCCAUAGAGUUGGCCCUUGUACUCACAGAAGACUCUGGAGAAGCUACAAUCCCUCCUGUUAGAUAUACCAAUCCAAUCCUCUACCUGUGCACAUGGCUCCUGGUUUUGCUGAUCCAAGACAGCAGGCAAUGGUGUAUACAGAAGAACUCUUGGUUCCUGUCCCUAUUCUGGAUUCUCUCAAUACUCUGUGGCACUUUCCAAUUUCAGACUCUGAUUCGGGCACUCUUGCAGGACAGCAAUUCCAAUCUGGCCUAUUCCUGCCUGUUCUUCAUCUCAUAUGGAUUCCAGAUCUUGAUCCUGAUCCUUUACGCAUUUUCAGAAAAAAGUGACUCAUCAAAUAAUCCAUCAUCCACGGCUUCAUUUCUGAGUAGCAUUACCUUUAGUUGGUAUGACAGCAUAGUUCUGAAAGGUUACAAGCAACCUUUGACACUUGAAGAUGUCUGGGAUAUUGAUGAAGGACUUAAAGUCAAGACAAUAGUGAGCAGAUUUGAAAUAUUCAUGGCAAAAGAGCUGCAGAAAGCCAGGCGGGCCUUCCAGAAACGACAGCAGAAGAAAUCCCAGCGGAACUCUGGAGCCACAUUGCAUGACUUGAACAAGAACCAGAGUCAAAGCCAAGAUGUCCUUGUCCUGGAAGAAACUAAAAAGAAAAAAAAGAAGUCUGGGCCCACAGAAGACUUUCCCAAGUCCUGGCUAAUUAUAACUCUCUUCAAGACUUUCUGGAUCAUGCUCCUGAAAUCAUUCUUCCUGAAGCUAAUACAUGAUAUCUUCAUAUUUCUAAAUCCUCAGCUGCUGAAAUUGCUGAUUUCCUUUGUAAGUGACCAUAACAUGUAUGCAUGGACCGGAUAUGUCUAUGCCAUCCUCUUGUUUGCUGUGACUCUCAUCCAGUCUCUCUGCCUUCAGUCUUAUUUUCAAUUGUGCUUCAUAAUGGGGAUGAGUGUACGGACAACAGUCAUAGCUUCUGUGUAUAAGAAGGCACUGACCUUAUCCAACUUGGCCAGAAAGAAGUACCCCAUUGGUGAAACAGUGAACCUGAUGUCUGUGGAUGCCCAGAAGCUCAUGGAUGUGUUCAACUACCUGCACUUGCUGUGGUCAACUGUUCUACAGAUUGUCUUAUCCAUCUUCUUCUUAUGGAGUGAAUUGGGACCCUCAGUCUUAGCAGGUGUUGGGGUGAUGGUUCUCCUCAUCCCACUUAAUGGAUUUUUGGCCACCAAGAAUAGGAGUAUUCAGUUCCAAAAUAUGAAAAAUAAAGACAGACGUUUGAAAAUCAUGAAUGAGAUUCUCAGCGGAAUCAAGAUCCUGAAAUAUUUUGCCUGGGAACCUUCAUUCAAAGACCAAGUCCACAACCUUCGGAAGAAAGAGCUCAAGAACCUGCUGUUCUUUGGUCAGCUGCAGUCUCUGAUGAUACUUAUCUUACAAGUAACACCUGUCCUGGUGUCUGUGAUCACGUUUGCUGUUUAUGUUCUGGUGGAUAGCAACAAUAUUUUGGAUGCAGAAAAGGCCUUCACCUCCAUCACCCUCUUCAAUAUACUGCGCUUUCCCCUGGGCAUGCUUCCCAUGGUGAUCUCCUCUGUGCUCCAGGCUACCGUUUCUGUAAGGCGGCUAGAGAAGUACUUGGGAGGGGAUGACUUGGACACAUCUGCCAUUCGACAUGUCCGCAAUUUUGACAAAGCUGUGCAAUUUUCGGAGGCCUCAUUUACAUGGGAUCGGGAUGCAGAAACCACAAUCCAAGAUGUGAACCUGGACAUUAUGGAAGGCCAGUUGGUGGCUGUGGUGGGCACUGUAGGCUCUGGGAAAUCUUCCUUGAUGUCAGCCAUGCUGGGAGAAAUGGAGAAUGUCCAUGGGCACAUCACCAUCAAGGGCACCACAGCCUAUGUCCCUCAGCAGUCCUGGAUUCAGAAUGGCACCAUAAAGGACAACAUCCUUUUUGGGUCAGAGUUCAAUGAAAAGAGGUACAAGCAAGUUCUGGAAGCCUGUGCUCUCCUCCCAGACUUGGAAAUAUUGCCUGGAGGAGACCUAGCUGAGAUCGGAGAGAAGGGUAUAAAUCUCAGUGGCGGUCAGAAGCAGAGAGUUAGCCUGGCCAGAGCUACUUACCAAAAUGCAGACAUCUAUAUUCUAGAUGACCCCCUGUCAGCUGUGGAUGCGCAUGUGGGAAAUCACAUUUUCGAAAAGGUCUUGGGCCCCAAUGGUCUGUUGAAUGGCAAGACUCGACUCUUAGUUACACAUAGCAUUCACUUUCUUCCCCAAGUGGAUCAGAUUGUGGUUGUGGGAAAUGGCACCAUCUUGGAGAAAGGAACCUAUAGUGACCUGCUGGCCAAGAAAGGAGUGUUUGCUAAGAAUCUGAAGACUUUUGUAAAAUAUUCGGGUCCUGAAGGGGAGGUCACAGUCAAUGAUGAUAGUGAAGAAGAAAAUGACGACAGUGGGCUGAUAGCUGGUGUGGAGGAACUCCCUGAGGAAGCCGCCUCCUUGACCAUGAAAAGAGAGAAUAGCCUCCGUCGAACCCUGAGCCGCAGCUCCAGGUCCAGUGUCCGGAACCCAAAAACCCUGAAAAACUCCUUGAAAAGUCGGAAUGGGAAUGCCCUGAAGGGGAAGGAAGGAGUAGUACAAGGGCAAAAGCUAAUUAAGAAGGAAUUCAUGGAAACUGGAAAGGUGAAGUUCUCCAUCUACCUGAAGUACUUACAAGCAGUAGGAUGGUGUUCAAUAUUCUGCAUCAUCUUUGCCUUCGUAUUGAAUUCUGUGGCUUUUAUUGGAUCCAAUCUCUGGCUCAGUUCUUGGACUGGUGACUCUCAAGCCUUCAAUGGCACUAACUAUCCAGCCUCUCAGAGGGAAAUGAGAAUUGGGGUCUAUGCAGCUCUGGGAAUAGCACAAGGUAUAUCUGUAUUUAUAGGAACUUUCUUGAGUGUGUAUGGUUGCAACCAUGCAUCAAAAAUCUUGCACGAACAACUGUUGAACAAUAUCCUUCGAGCACCCAUGAGUUUUUUUGACACAACACCUACAGGCCGGAUUGUGAACAGGUUUACUGGUGAUAUUUCCACGGUGGAUGACACUCUCCCUCAGUCCUUGCGCAGCUGGAUUGUGUGCUUCCUGUCGAUAAUCAGCAUCAUCGUCAUGAUCUGCAUGGCCACCCCUAUCUUUGUCGUCAUCGUCAUUCCUCUUGGCAUUAUUUAUGUGUCUAUUCAGGUAUUUUAUGUGGCUACCUCCCGCCAGCUGAGACGUCUGGACUCUGUCACCAGAUCCCCCAUCUAUUCUCAUUUCAGUGAAACCGUAUUAGGUUUGCCUGUUAUCCGUGCAUUUGAGCACCAGAAGCGAUUUAAAAAACAAAAUGAGGUGGGGAUCGACACCAAUCAAAAAUGUGUCUUUUCCUGGAUUAUAUCCAACAGGUGGCUUGCAAUUCGCCUGGAGCUGACUGGGAACUUGAUUAUCUUCUUUUCUGCCUUGCUGCUGGUUAUUUAUAAAGACACCCUGAAUGGGGACACUGUGGGCUUAGUUCUGUCCAAUGCCCUCAAUAUCACACAAACCCUGAACUGGCUAGUGAGGAUGACAUCGGAAACAGAGACCAACAUUGUGGCUGUAGAGCGAAUAAAUGAGUACAUCAAUGUGGAAAACGAGGCACCCUGGGUGACUGAUAAGAGGCCUCCAGCAGAUUGGCCCAACAAAGGGGAGAUCCGGUUUAGCAACUACCAAGUACGGUACCGGCCGGAGCUGAAUCUGGUACUGAAAGGGAUCACUUGUGACAUCAAGAGCACCGAGAAGGUUGGUGUGGUGGGCAGGACAGGAGCUGGGAAGUCAUCCCUCACAAACUGCCUCUUUAGAAUCUUAGAGUCUGCAGGUGGCCAGAUAACCAUUGACGGAAUAGAUAUUGCUUCCAUUGGGCUCCAUGACCUUAGAGGAAAACUGACCAUCAUCCCACAGGAUCCCAUCUUGUUCUCUGGAAGUCUGAGGAUGAAUCUGGACCCUUUCAACAAAUACUCAGAUGAGGAGAUUUGGAAGGCCCUGGAGUUGGCUCACCUCAAACCCUUUGUGGUUGGCCUGCCACUUGGGUUGUCCCAUGAAGUGACAGAGGCUGGUGACAACCUGAGUGUGGGUCAGAGGCAGCUAGUGUGCCUGGGCAGGGCUCUGCUUCAGAAAUCCAAGAUUCUGAUCCUGGAUGAGGCUACAGCUGCGGUGGAUCUAGAGACAGAUCAGCUCAUUCAGACAACCAUCCGAAAUGAGUUCUCCCAAUGCACGGUCAUCACUAUUGCCCACCGGCUGCAUACCAUCAUGGACAGUAACAAGAUAAUGGUCCUAGAUGAUGGGAAGAUUGUGGAGUAUGGCAGUCCAGAAGAACUGCUGGAAAACUACGGCCCCUUUUAUUCUAUGGCUAAAGAAGCUGGCAUUGAGAAUGUGAACAGCACAGCAUUUUAGCAGCACGUUCCAUGGUUAAAGAAGGACUGUAAAGAGAAUUCCUUAUUUACUUUUUUUGUGUGUGUGUGAAAUAUGUCAUAUGCAAAACUGUGUAUAAAAUAUAUUUUUUGUUGUCGUUAUUGGGUCUCAUUAUGUUGCCCAGGUUGGCAUGAACUCUUAGACUCAAGCAAUCCCCCUGUCUCAGACUCCUGAGUAAAAAUGUAUAUUUUAAAGAAGAAUGAUAAGUGAACACCUUUGUAACCACUACCCAGAUUAAGAAAAUGAAUUACCAGGUACUUUAGAGACCCCUCAGUUGCCCUGCCUUCGUUAUAAGUCCUUGCUCCCAUCCCACCCAGUCAACCACUGGCCUGAACUUCAUGAUAAUUAUUCCUUGCCUUUCAUUUUAUCAAGAUUGUAUGUAUCUUUAAACAAUGUUUACCUUUUUAUCUUAUAUAAAUGGACUCAUAUUUCA